AUGACCUCGCUUGCAAGACACAUCCAAUCACGGCACAUCACGGAUGGCGCAUUCAGAAUAUGCGGAAUAUUUCUAGUUGGUCACUAUGUCUCAAGGUGGAUUGCCAAUCGCAGGGUCAAUCCCACUGCUAGUACUGCUCAUCCACUGUUGAUUCCUGAUCGAAUAACACACCAUAGGGUAUGUCCCCAGAAGCAUUCUUUUGCUUAUCCAUACUUCAUGCUUGGCAUCCCGAUAGAGGUCUCGGAAAACGCCAAUGGAAUUAUGUCUGAAGAUGCUCACGGUCCACCGUCUUGGUUCACCCAAUUAUUCGGGUUGACAAACUUCUUUGAGGUUCGUCCAGUUGAUCACCUACAACGCAUACGUUCCGACAAUGGCUGGUGUGGAAAAUUGGAUGCAUAUCUAGGGCCCGAGGGUAUUGAAGCCUCGCGAUAUCCGUUAUGCCUAUCUCGUGACUGCCGCACAGUUCCCAGGCUUUCACUUUAA